GGAUCUCUGCAGGGAAUAUGCACCACCUGAGGUUUGGAGACGAGAGGCAGCAGUACUUCUGUGUCAUUGGCAAGGCCCUGGAGGAUGUCUGUGAGGCCGAAAAGCUUGCGGAAGCAGGUGAAAUUGUCCUCUCAGCCUCCUGCUGGGAGCUAUGUGAGAAGCACAGGCUCAGAACCAGCCAUAUUGCGGGCAAAACAGCUGUGAAGGUUACGGGCAUGAACCAGAUGUCUCUGUCGGAAUGCCAAAAUGUUUUAGACAAGCUUCCACAGAAGGAGAAGUGCUGCUUCACGGAAAACGAAUCGCAGGCUUUCCUCUGUGAGCUACGGCCAGUCACCAUCCUUUCCUCCACCUGA